UCCAACUUAAAAAACGACGCCUUGCUACAUCAGUUGAUACAUACGAAACUGCUGUCUCCUUUUUCAAACCCAGAGCUAAGUUUGACUCACUCCCAGAGAGAAAAGGCGUUAGCGGGCCGUGUUAAAGAGGUUUCUGGCAAGUCGAAGCUAGGAAAAGGGGAGUCGUCAACGCGACAAGAAGAGCAUAACCAGGCGUCUCAAAAGGUCCGCGCAGGGCUUCAGCGAAAAAUGGCAGAACGAGAUCACAACAAAGUAGAGGAGGCCAAAGACCUUGGGACUUAUCAUCCAUAUCUCAAACGACAAUUUGAGUCAGAGUCAUCACAAGCACAUACUAGAAAACGAGCAAGGGGCUUGGGCAUGGGAGUGGGUAGAUUCCAAGGUGGGGUGCUCAAAUUGAGCAGAGACGAAAUAGCCAAGGCAACUGGCAGUAAUUCCCGUGCCGGCAAAGGGAAACGAAGAAAAUAA